AUGAGCAUAACUAGUGAACAAAGGAGUCGAGAGCAAAACUCUCGACCCACUACAUCUGCUACAAGCGUCCCCAGUGACCACGUAAAUGAUGAUUCUUCUGACUAUGCUUUUGAUCAGACAAUACUAGACGACACCAAUAAGAUAUUGAAGGAGUUGGAACGAAAAUUAUCGAUACUGUCAUCAACCUCAUCACAGCAAACAAAUACAUCAUCAGUAGUUUACAACAAUCAGUAUCAGGGGUUGGGGAAACAGAAAAUACAAAGUCAUGUGCUAAAUACAAUGAUACACGAUAAUCAUGCUAACGAAUACAAUGAUCAUGAAAAGACUCAACGAAUACACAAUAGCAUUUUUAAUCCCAAUGAAUUGUUUCAGGAACGAAGUCAAUAUACCAAAUUCACCAAAUUAUCCUCACACUAUAAUGAUGACAGUGUAAUUAACAAGAGUCAAUUGACCAAACAAAGGACGAAAAAGGGCAACAAUACGGUGGUGAGGCAAAAUUCAUUGAAUUUAACCAAAAAUCGAUUAGGGAGUUCACAAUCGCAAACUUAUGAUAAUGAUAGAAGGCAAAUUGAUGAUUUUUUGGGGGACGCACAAAUGAAUGAUAUAUAUGCGUCAGACGAGAAAGAUGAGGAAGAUGGUGAUUCAAGAUACGACUUUUAUUACGCAGCUGAAGAUGAUGCCGACGAUGACGACGACGCCGACGAUGAUGAUGAAGAUGAUGAUAAUGAUGGUGACGACUACUUGGAUACAUUUGAUGAUGGAUCAACAUAUCUGGGUGAUGAAGUAGAUGAAGAUAAACAAAAGGAUUACUACUACGAAGAAGCAGAAGAGGAAGAGGAUCAAGAAGAUUUAAUAAUACCGCCUUCACCACCCAGAUCACCCCCACGAGAUUUAGAUCCUACUAAAUUAUAUGGGCUUUACGACUUUUCGGGACCCGAUCCAUCACAUUGUUCAUUAACACGCGAUGAACCGGUGCAUUUAUUAAAUGAUGAAGAUAAUUAUUGGUGGUUAAUCAAGAAAUUGACCAAAGAUGAAAAAAUAGCAAGAUACCAAGAAACCAAAGAUGAAACAAUAGAUAUCGAUCUGGAUAAAGAAGAUGGUAAAAUUGGAUUUGUACCUGCAGAGUGUCUUGAAACUCAUGGUGAACGAUUAGCAAGAUUAAAUUGUCACAAGAAUGAAGAAAUGGAAAAACUCGUGGAGAAUGAAUUACACUUGAUUGAUCGAGAAGCAAAGAGAAGUAAAACUGUCAAAGCAGUGACAUUUGAAAAUUUGGGAGGUCUAAUAGACAGUGAUGAUGAAGAAGAAGAGGACGUGGGCAAUAUGAAUCAAUAUAAACAAGGUGAACAUACCCGGAAUUCAGGAUCUGACGCCUUUGUGAUUACUAAAGAUGAACAAGACAUCCGAAAGAUUCUAGAACUUUAUAAUGUUGAUUUGAAUGAGUUACAACCACUACCACCAUCAUCAUCAUCACAUGAACAACUGCAGAUUCAAGAACCUGAAACAUUGAGUGAUGUUUAUCCAAUUGAAGCUCCUUUAAUUAUAAAUAAACGAAGUAAUGGAUCAUUAGGAUAG